CGCUUCCUGCGCCCUUCCCGCGCCGCUUCCCGCCGCCCUCGCGGCGCCUCCCGCUUCCCGCCGCCCUCUCGCUUCCCGCGGCCGCCGCGCGCCAUGCUGACCUCGCGGACGUUCGUGAAGCGCACGCGGGCGGGCGCGGUGGUGAAGGUGGUGCGCGAGCAUUACCUGCGCGACGACAUCGCGUGCGGCGCCGCCGCGUGCCGCCUCUGUCCCCCCGCCGCGCCCGCGCCCGCCGCCGGGAGCGCGCCCGGGCUGGAGGCGCGGCCCAGCGGCCCCGCCAGCAGCCUCUGCCCCGGGCCGCACUUCCUCCUGCCCGACACCAACCUGCUCCUGCACCAGAUUGAUAUCCUUGAAGAUCCUGUUAUUAAGAAUGUCAUUGUGCUGCAGACAGUCCUUCAAGAAGUCAGGAAUCGGAGUGCACCAGUGUACAAGCGAAUUAGGGACGUGAUUCAAAACCCAGAAAAACAUUUCUAUUCUUUCACCAAUGAGCAUCACAGAGAAACGUACAUAGAGCAAGAGCGGGGAGAAACCUCUAAUGACCGCAAUGACAGAGCCAUUCGGGUAGCAGUGAAAUGGUACAAUGAACACUUGAAGAAAAUAGAGGAAGAGGAAAAGAUUCGAGUUAUCUUCUUAACAAAUGACAGAAUUAAUAAAGAGAAAGCUUUGGAGGAAGGAAUAACUGCUUAUACGUGUGAGGAGUAUAUAAAAAGCUUGACAGCUAAUCCUGAGCUUGUAGAUCGUCUUGCUUGUGUAUCUGAUGAAGGGAAAGAAAUAGAAGGUGGAAAAAUCAUAUUCCCAGAACAUAUUCCUCUUAGCAAGUUACAGCAAGGAAUAAAAUCUGGUAUUUAUCUCCAAGGAACUUACAGAGCAAACAGAGAGAAUUAUCUUGAAGCUACUGUUUGGGUUCAUGGAGAUGCUGAAGAAAACAAAGAGAUAAUUGUACAGGGACUGAAACAUUUAAACCGAGCAAUUCAUGAAGAUGUUGUAGCUGUGGAGCUGUUGGCAAAAGAUGAAUGGGUGGCACCAUCCUCAGUGGUCUUGCAAGAUGAUGGCCAGAAUGAAGAGGACAUUGAAAAUGAAGAGGAGAAAGAAAACAUUCUGAAGACUUCCAUUAACAAGGACAUGAUGAGGCCCACAGGAAGAGUAGUGGGCAUUAUAAAACGAAACUGGCGGCCGUAUUGUGGGAUGCUUUCCAAGUCACAGAUUAAAGAGGCAAGGCGCCAUUUAUUUACACCAGCUGAUCGCAGAAUUCCUCGAAUUCGAAUAGAAACCAGACAAGCAGAUACAUUGGAAGGGCAAAGAAUCAUUGUUGCUAUUGACGGUUGGCCCAGGAAUUCCAGGUAUCCUAAUGGUCAUUUUGUAAAGAAUUUGGGAAGCGCUGGAGAUAAAGAGACAGAGACAGAAGUUCUUCUGCUUGAACAUGAUGUCCCUCACCAGGCUUUUUCCCAGGCUGUCCUUAGUUUUCUACCAAAAAUGCCAUGGAGCAUUACAGAAGAGGAUAUGAAACACAGGGAGGACUUAAGGCAUCUGAAUGUUUGUAGUGUUGAUCCUCCUGGUUGUACAGAUAUCGAUGAUGCAUUACAUUGUAGAGAAAUAGGAAAUGGAAAUCUAGAGGUCGGUGUACAUAUUGCAGAUGUCAGUCAUUUUAUUCGCCCAGGAAAUGCUUUGGAUGAGGAGUCAGUAAAAAGAGGAACAACAGUGUAUCUGUGUGAAAAAAGGAUUGAUAUGGUUCCAGAGCUCCUUAGUUCCAACUUAUGCUCUCUGAGAUCUAAUGUGGACAGGCUUGCAUUUUCAUGCAUAUGGGAAAUGAACCAUAAGGCUGAAAUUCUAAAAACCAGAUUUACAAAGAGUAUUAUUAAUUCCAAGGCUUCUCUUACCUAUGCUGAAGCACAGAUGAGAAUCGAUUCAGCAGCUAUGAAUGAUGAUAUUACUAACAGCCUACGUGGACUAAACAGAUUAGCAAAAAUCUUGAAGAAGAAAAGAAUUGAUAAUGGAGCCUUGACACUUGCAUCACCAGAGGUUCGUUUCCACAUGGACAGUGAAACUCAUGAUCCUAUUGACCUGCAGACUAAGGAGCUCAAAGAGACAAAUUCCAUGGUUGAAGAGUUCAUGUUGCUUGCCAAUAUUUCUGUAGCACAAAAAAUUUAUGAUGAGUUCCCAGAGUUUGCCUUGCUCCGGAAACAUCCUGCUCCUCCCCCAUCAAAUUAUGACAUCCUUGUGAAGGCUGCAAAGUCCAAGAAUUUGGAAAUUAAGACAGAUUCAGCAAAGGCUUUAGCUGAAUCAUUAGACAAAGCUGAAUCUCCUGCAUUCCCCUACCUAAACACACUGCUGCGAAUUUUGACCACUCGCUGCAUGAUGCAAGCUGUUUACUUCUGCUCAGGAAUGGAUAAUGAUUUUCAUCACUAUGGUUUAGCCUCACCUAUUUAUACUCACUUUACCUCACCUAUUAGAAGGUAUGCUGAUAUCAUAGUCCAUCGGCUUUUGGCAGUGGCCAUAGGAGCAGAUAGUACUUACCCAGAACUCACAGAUAAACACAAACUGGCAGAGAUGUGUAAAAAUCUCAAUUAUCGACAUAAAAUGGCACAGUAUGCACAAAGAGCUUCUGUGGCAUUCCAUACGCAGCUGUUCUUCAAAACCAAGGGAGUAGUAAAUGAAGAUGCAUAUAUAUUAUUUGUAAGAAAAAAUGCGAUUGUGGUUCUGAUUCCCAAGUAUGGGUUAGAAGGAACAGUCUUCUUUGAAGAAAAAGACAAACCAGCACCAAAACUGGAGUACAACAGUGAGGUGCCAUCACUUACUGUGGAAGACACAACAUUACAUAUAUUUGAUAAAGUUAAAGUGAAUAUUAUGUUAGAUGAUUCCAACAUCCAACAUCAGAAAAUGCGGAUGGUCUUGGUAGAACCCAAGAUAAAUGAUAUGCCUGCACAUCUCUCUGCAGAGGCAAGCAGCAAGGAUGAACCAGAGAAAAAGAAAAAGAAGCUACAAAAAUAACUGGAUACAAAAGAAGAAGUCACAAGUACUUGCAUUUACAUAUUUUUUCCCUAUGGGCAAAAAAUGCUAGAAGCAGGUUUUGUUUACUUUUUAAAUACACAUUUUAAUAAUCUAUAAAGAAUUUUUUUAAAGCUACUUUUUUAUGACUGUGAAUGCAGAACAAGUUUUAAAAUCGUGUAUAUCUACACCUUUGUCCUGUGGGUGAAAAUAAAUAUUUUCUGCAAAGUGAAGAAACAAUUGUAGAGUUUCUUGUUAACAGCCAGCCUUAAGGAAGGUUUGAGAGUCUGACAGAAUUCUCUGCGUUCUCUUUAGCACCUCAGAACUGGAAGAAGUAAUUAAACAAUAAAACAAUAGGUAUUAGAGAAAUGUCUUUAUUCUGUUUCACUACUCAAUUUACAAUUAGACAUGUUAAAGGACUCUAAUUAAAACUACUGGUAUUAAUUUAAUGUAAACAAUGACCAUUUUGUGCAAGGUGUGCCAACCAAUGAAUUAACAACAACAGAAACAGAAUGGUGAAGUGAUUUCCAUGGUUAUUUGCACAGCAGGUUUCUUCUACAAAUCAGUUGUACAAACAUAAUAAAAAAAUAAGCAUGUUUUCAUAAAAUAAAUAUUUCCCAUCUAACUGAAGACUACAAAACAGGACAAAAAAUACAGGCAACCCAGGUGGGGGCAUCCUUAAUCAUUUCUCACAUUCACCCAUUUCUGCUCUUACAUUUUUCUUAACUUUAAGAAAAUACUAAUACAGGAUGAAGUUAAAUACUUAAGGGAUUGCUUUUUUACUUGUGAAUACUUCAAAAGCCUCUGAUCAUUGAACACAUAAAAACAAAAGAUUUAGUUAAAAAGUAAAAAUUAUACACAUAACUCAGAAAAAUUCAGAAACAGAUCAUAAUUUGGGCUGCCCUGCUUAACAUUAAUUAAAUUUACAUUACUAUUUUAGUAAUCACAAUUGCAAAAAUAAAUGCUUUGUACAGUCCUUUCAAUUGCUUAUCAUUAAAGUUAUCAUGAGAAACAGAAAUGACACAAGGUCAUGUAACUUUUAAAUCUCAAACAAGUUUUAUCCUACCUUUGAGUGACAAAACUUAGAAGCUAAAGCUAAGAACAUUUUGAAGGCCCUGUUCUAUAAAAUUUGUUUUCCAGAAGUCUGAGUUCAUUUCCUACUUUUAACAAAAUUUAUCUCUUAACAGUUACCAAUUCAGUGUAUUUCAGCUUCUAGUAGGGCACUGUUUGAAGAUCAUGAAAUAGCUACUCUACGACACUCGAUUCCAUUACACUGACAUUUUAUGUCAAUCCCACAUGCAUUUCAGAAAUAGUGAUUAAAUUGCUACAGAAGUAAAAAUAAUGCACAUUAUGUUUGCUCAUUAGAUUUCUAAAGUAAAUUUUUCAAUAUUUAUUUUUGCAAUGUGAGAACUACAAUCAAGUGAUGCAGACAGACAUUUCCUUUUCUGAAAUAUGCUUCUCAGAAAGCCUUCACUAGGAAAUUAUAAAUUAAAGUAUUUCAAGAACUGUUCUAUUCAAACAACACACAACUCUCAGGUCUAACACACUGAUAUUAAUGCCAAGAGAUUCUGUUCACACCUCCCCUUUUGAGAUUUUUUUAAAACGCUGUCUUGCCUUCAAAUUUAGACCUGACCAAUGUGACUAAUGGGUUUCAGGCCUAGUGUGCCAACAGCUGCUCAUCAGCCACUGUCACUUUGGUACAAGCUUUUCUGUGGGUUGUGGAAUAGAACAGAAAGCAGAAUUUCCAUCCAGUAUCUUGGGACAUCAUUGCUAUGAAAGGAGAGGAAGACUGCUUUACCUGGAACACUUGUUAGAAUGGACUUCCCUUUUUCAUUAAUCCAAUGAAGUUUACCAGAGCUCUGCAUAAACAGCCUGGAAAUACCAGUGUAUCCCAUACCUCUUCUUUCCCUCUUGGCCACUAGGGUCACAAGAUUACCAUGUGGAUUUUUUUUCUCCCUAUUUACACAUAAAUUCCAGAAGGUUCUUUUAAAAAAAUACAAGCAAAUUCAACCAAAUUGAUUUGAUUACAUAAAGGGAGUUCUUGGCUUCUGACCCCGUCCCCAGUCCAUUAUUUGAAUUUAUUGAUUUUGUUUUUUAAAGGAUCAAAGCUUUGCUUGUAUUAAUACUUUUGGUAAUAAAUGGCACGCAAAAAGUUCAUUAUAUUUUUAAAGGGUUUAUCUAAGUAUUUUGGUAAUUUCUGUAAGCAACAUAAUAGUAGGAAUUAAACAUAUAAGUAAAAGUGUAACAGUUUACUUUUAUAGAAGAAAAGCUGCACCAUUUUCUUAGUGAUGUACUGACACCAAUGAAUCUUAUUGCACCUUCCUAGAAAGGUACACUUAUAAAGAGUACCAGAGCAUCAAUUUGGACACAAGUGCUCUUCAGAGACACUGGUAGUGUCAUGUGAUCAGCUCCAAGUUUAGUACUAAUAUAAAUUCCAAAGCAGCACUAUCUUUUAAUUUUAAGGUAGCCAAUAAUACAUUUUGCUUAAGUACCUAGUAAACCUAACUGACAUGACAGAUUUCUGUCAAACCAAGGAAAAAGCUGUUUGGAGAAUUGCUAAACAGCUUCUUUUGACAUAAAGCUCAUUUUACAUUUCUAAGAGAACUAAACUUGGCAUCUGCUCUCAUCACACCCCAGCAGUUCACUUCUGUCCAGUGACUUACUCUUGGUACUAGUGGUAGUAUUUAUGAAGCCAUACAAUAUAUUUGGUUGGAGAAAAGCAAUCCAAAACCAGACUAAUACCCCUUUCACUUUUUCUUUCCCACAAAGAAUAUCUCUCAUGCCUUUUAGGAGGCACAAAUCUUAAAAUAUAGGCGAUUUUGCAGUUAUACUGGUUCCUAUGCAAGUUAUCCUAGGCUGCACAUGGAAUCCACCCUAGUCACAGAAGGAAUACAAUUCUAAAAAAACCCUAUUGUUUCUCUGUACCAAAUCUAGACACCUUAUUUUUCAAAAAGGAUCACUUAAUAACACCAAUAAAUUUCUUAGUAAGACCUGAAAAAUCCCACAUUAUUUAAAAACUUCCAUAAUAUAUACCAAACAGUUUAUUACAUUUGCAUUAGAAAAGCAGAAUAUCUUGUAUAAUCCAGGUAACUGAGGUCAUAUGUGUAAAAAUUUAUUAGAAACCACAGCU